CUUGGACCGCGGCAUUGGGCCAUUGCUGCCUGAUUGCCAACGUUUUCGUGCCUUCACCUUGCCUCUCUUUCCCCCGCCCGCGACUUCUACAUCAGUUUGUCUCUCGCGCCCUCACUCCCAUUUUUCCUUUCCCACACCGAACGAAUUCUCCAAUCUAUCCAUCGAACACAAAAAACCGCGCCCUUAAUCAUCGCAUCACAUCGCGUAAGAUGGACAACCUUGGCCAGCCCAAGCCGCGCCACCAGUAUGUCCUUUACCCUCAGGCCGGCCGCCGCGGAAUCCUAGUGCAUCAUGGCCAGUACCAAAACGGCGCGCCGUACGUUGGCAGUGCCAGCGGUAUGGGCAUGGGUUACGGCAUGAUGGGCUAUGGCGGCAUGGGUGUGGGCUAUCCUGGGGUAAAUGCUCACAUCUCACCUCUCUACUAUGGCCCAAAUGUCUCCCGCAGUACAUAUAGCAACUACGCUGGCUUCAUGGGCGGCUACACGGGCCUGAGCUACGGAGUCUCUGCUUAUCCCACUUAUUCUUUCUCUUACCCUUACAUUUCCCCGUACGCCUUUGGAUACGGGUGUGGUAUGUAUGCUAACUACUAUCACCCGUAUCAGAGGACCUACUACGGCAUGAACCCCGUCAUGGCUGGCGGCGCCUACUCGUACUCUUACCCCGGCUCGACAACCAUCAUCCCGCCAUCAACAACAACAUACACGACUGUCACGAACUCUGCAGUCCCUGUCCCUGUAGCCACCUCAACCACAAAAAGCACGGCCCGGGUGCGUCCGCACUUCCAAUCUCCGCCGGCGGUUGCCGUUUCUCGCGAUGAGGUCCAGUACGAGAAUCGUCGUGUUGCCAUGGAGCGCGGCUCUUACGAUCCCAAGCCUAUCAAGCCUGCCAGCGCACGCCCGGAUGACCCAUUCUGGUGCAUGGAGCGUACCGGCGAGUGGCACCUGCGUACCUACUACCAGAUCGAAAAUGAGUGCUACCCUGGCCGCUGGCUCAUGGACGCCGAGCACGGUUUCCUCGUCUUCCACCGACAGUGACGGAGGCCUGUAAGAGAGGGGUCAAUCGGCAAGACUUUACAUGGGUGGACGGGUGGUAAAGUGACAGCGGUCCUGUCCUACUGUGAAUUGAGCCCACUCGCCCACAGAGGGAUUCAGGGGACACGUAGGCAUGUUUUCUCAUUCAGAAACACGAGAUCCUCGAUCUACCUGACACGCAAUGGUAGUCUUCACAUUCUGCGGACAUACCCUUUAAUUUCGGUCUGGGUUUCUUAGCGUUACUUGAGAAUGAUGGCAUUUAUCGGCGUUGGUGGAUUUCAUGUCUUGACAGUUCCUUAUAAGUCUUUCGGCGUGGUUUCAGGGC